AUGGAUUUUGAUAAAAGAGGCGGAGGUGGUGGAGGAGGUGGAGGUGGAGGAGGAGGGAAAGGGGAGGUAGAAGAAGGAAAGAGGAUGGCCAAGGCCGCAGGGGGCAGGUCGGGUCACGGCGGCCGCACCUCCGCCACCAAUUCGGGCGUGCUCAUGGUGGGACCAAACUUCCGCGUGGGAAAGAAGAUCGGCUGCGGGAACUUCGGCGAGCUCCGGCUCGGCAAGAACCUCUACACCAACGACUACGUGGCCAUCAAACUGGAACCCAUCAAAUCCAGAGCGCCGCAGCUCCACCUGGAGUACAGGUUCUACAAACAGCUGGGGAACUCAGAGGGUGUUCCUCAGGUGCACUAUUUCGGGCCAUGCGGGAAGUACAACGCCAUGGUGCUGGAGCUACUUGGGCCGAGUCUGGAGGAUCUGUUCGACCUGUGUGACCGAACCUUCUCACUCAAAACCGUUCUCAUGAUCGCCAUCCAGCUGAUCACUCGGAUGGAGUUUGUGCAAACGCGCAGCCUGAUCUACAGGGACGUGAAGCCCGAGAACUUCCUCGUGGGCCGACCGGGCAGCAAGCGGCAGCACACCAUCCACAUCAUCGACUUCGGCCUGGCCAAAGAGUACAUCGACCCCGAGACCAAAAAACACAUCCCGUACCGGGAACACAAGAGCCUGACGGGCACGGCGCGCUACAUGAGCAUCAACACGCACCUGGGCAAGGAACAGAGCCGGCGGGACGAUCUGGAGGCGCUGGGUCACAUGUUCAUGUAUUUCCUGCGAGGCAGUCUACCCUGGCAGGGCCUGAAGGCCGACACGCUGAAAGAGCGCUAUCAGAAAAUAGGCGACACCAAACGAGCGACGCCCAUCGAGGUGCUCUGUGAGAGCUUCCCAGAGGAGAUGUCCACCUACCUGCGCUACGUCAGGAGGCUGGACUUCUUCGAGAAACCAGAUUACGACUACCUGCGCAAACUCUUCACGGACCUCUUCGACAGGAACGGAUACGUCUUCGACUACCAGUACGACUGGGUCGGCAAAACGCUGCCGACUCCGAUCGGACCGGUUCCCAGCGAUACUCCACUACAGUCCAGCAGCAGGGAUAAAGCACAGCAGCAGACCAAAAAUCAGGUUAUGAGUUCAACCAACGGCGAGCUGAACACAGACGAUCCCACAGCGGUGCAUUCGAACGCCCCCAUUACCGCCCCUGCUGAGGUCGAGGUCUCCGACGAUACAAAGUGCUGUUGCUUCUUUAAGAGAAGGAAGAGGAAAGGCCUUCAGCGCCACUAGUGAGGAGCCGGAGCGGUGAAAAUGGAAAGCUCUCCACGGAUUGGAUGGAUUUCGGGGCGGGUGGGGGGUGUCGAAGUGGGGGCGCAGUGCGCUCCUUCGUUAUCCUCGUGUGUAUUUUUGUGCUCUGCCGAACCCAAACUCCUCAGAGGGACAGAACCGUGGAGUUCGGGUGUAUUCACGUGAACGCGCGCUGUACAGACGCCGCCGAGACGCGAUCAUGUGAUCUUUAAUAGACGUCGAGUUUAUCCACGCGCUCGGACGCGAAUCGAUUUUAUGGGGAUGAGAGUGGAAGCGGGGUGGACGACUGCAGACUGUGACGUGCCGGGAUGAAUCGGGAUGCCGGCUAGCCCGCCCCAGCCGCUCGCUCCGCUUGUGUACGUUCGUCUGUUUUGUUUUUUUGCUUUUCUCUUUUUUUUGUAAUUUAAAUGAAGUUGUUUUGGAGCUCCGCGUUCA